CGCGCAGCCCCGCCCUGCCGCGCCACGAGGUCCAUUUCCGCGUUCCCAUUGGCGGAUGGGUGGAUGGGCGGUGCGCGGCCAUUGGUUGGGGCGGCCGGGGCGGGACUCGGUGUCAGCUUGCUCCCGGCUUGGGCGGCGGGGGGCUGGUGUGGUGCCGGUGCGGAGCGGGGCCGGGCCGGGCCAUGGCGCUGCUGCUGGAGCACGAGUUCAAGCCUCUGCCGGCCGACAAGCAAAUCGAGACGCUCCCUUUCCUGGAGGCCGUCGCGCACCUGCCGCCCUUCUUCGAUUGCCUGGGGACUCCUAUCGUCUACGCGCCAGUCAAAGCAGACCUGACUGGAAAUAUCAAGAAAAUCCGGGCGGUUUAUGACUCCAACCCCGCCAAGUUCAAAACACUACAGAACAUCCUGGAGGUGGAGAAGGAGAUGUACGGCUCAGCCUGGCCCAAGACGGGCGCGACGCUGGCACUGAUGUGGUUGAAAAGGGGCCUGAAGUUCAUGCUGGUGUUGCUGCAGAGCAUCUCUGACGGUGAGCGGGACGAGGAGCAUCCGAACCUCAUCCGGGUGAACGCCAUGAAGGCUUACGAGAUCGCGCUGAAGAAAUACCACGGCUGGAUGCUGCAGAAGCUCUUCACGGGCUCGGUCUACGCUCUUCCGUACAAAUCGGAUUUGCUUAAGGCAUUAGAGAAGGGUAAAGAAGUCAAAGAGGAAGAGACCAUAGAGAAGAUUCAUCAGUUUCUCUUGAGGGUUACCCCCAUCCUGGAUGCAAUUUAUGAGAUGUACACAAAGAUGAACGCCGAGCUGAGCUACAAAGUCUAAAGCUCGCACGGAACUGGCAGGGCUUAAAUAAGGUGUGACGGGUGCUACCUGUGUCUUAAUCGCUGGGGCUGCACCCAGCUAUCAGGUGACUUUGAUUCUCAUCUGGAUCUGCAGUGGAUAACCUGUUUUCUAAAAAAAAAAAAAUAAUUAAUUUUCUAUUGAGAACACAGCAAUAAAACCGUUGUACCCCGUGUCAUCGUAGGAUUUCCCAAGCUUUUGUACUAAAGAGGAAAAACAAGUGUUUCUAGUUCUAACUGCCAGGUUUAUGCCUACCACGGCACGGGGAAUGAAGCAUGGCUGGCGGCCACGCCGAUGCUGCCUGGCUCUGCCCUGACUCUUGGACUGCACCGCUGCACCCUCGGCUGCGCCCAGUACCCGACGGGCGCCCGAUGCUGCUUGCCCACCGAUCGGCACCCGGGUGAGAAACUUCCCAAAUCAUGCCAGUGGUGACGGAGAAGCCGAUGACUUUCCUGGGUGACCCCAACUCCUCCAGUGCCUGCGUGGGAGUGAGCCCCCUCCGCCGGGACGGCCACGCCGGCUGAACUGCCGGCACGGUGUUUGUGGAAGCACGCGUUGCCUUAUUAACCGACCGCCUUAUGGCGCUGCCGAGCCCCGCGCUGGCGGGGCAGGGAAGCAAAAUUUAAUAAAAACUCAUGGUA